AGGGGAUUUUCGCCAACUUAGUAAUACCCCUAUCUAUAAACAUGCCUGGUAAAUAUUUACCUAUUAAUAACUAUCAUGAGCCAUAAAGUCUGUUAGCUUUAGGCUAAGGGUGAAACAGCACCGACCACAGGAAACAGCCGACGGUGCAGAGAAACGCUCCAGUUGUUUGAACUUCCCUCCUGGUUGUAUUUUAAGGAUUAAUGCAGCAUGUGACUGUGCAGCCAUAGCUUCGGCUCUCUCCCAAGCCCUGCUCAUAAAGGCAGCGACGUUAGCUGCGUAGCUACAGACUGGGCUUUCGUUGUUUACUAACUAUACCCACAAAUAUCGGUCUACUUCGCGAGUCGAUAUGGAUCGCGUUUGUCCGUAACGAUCGCGGUGAAGCGUAGGUUGAAGCCGAUUCCUCUCAUCACAAGCACAAAGUCUUGAAGAUGGACGAGGCCCUUCUGACGGUGAAGAAUGAGCUGGACUCGGAGGUGGUGGUGUCGUGGGUGUCACAGCGCUGCUAUCAGUGCUUGUACCAGCGGCUGGGGGUGGUACCGGCAGCACCCAGUCUGGGUCAGCCCAGCUCAGCAGACUUUGUUGUGAGCACACAGCAUGAAAUCACACUUGAGCUCAAUAGCAGCGCUGUCAGCCUGGGGCAUUGCAAGGUUCCUUUCCACUUUGGAGAGCAUGGAAACUACUCUCUGUGGGUUAAAAAUCUGCCAGACCCCUCGCUGGUCAACUGUACUAUAGUCACUGAUGCAGACCCCGUCAACAGCUACAUGCCGAUCCUGGUGGCUUUCCUUGUCUUUGUUGGACUGGCCGUGGUGUUUGCCAUCGGAAGAGUUAUACUAGGUCUUGGUGUAGUGAAGAGCAUCCUCUUCCGUAUUAGUGGCUCCAUGGAGACAGAGAGGCUUAUCAACUCUGAACUUGGGUCUCCGAGCAGAGCAGCAGAACCGGUUACCGACAUCCUCCCUUCUCUGCCCAACCCCAGCAAGAGGCUACGGUCUUUGGAUACCUUCAGAGGGAUCUCCUUAGUCAUUAUGAUAUUUGUGAACUACGGAGGAGGUCGGUACUGGUUCUUCAGGCAUGAGAGCUGGAAUGGUCUUACUGUUGCAGAUCUGGUCUUCCCUUGGUUUGUAUUUAUCAUGGGAACGUCCAUUGCCUUGUCAAUCAGCUCUCUGCUGCGUACAGGAUCCACUCGCUGGUCACUGCUGAGGAAGGUUGUGUGGAGGAGCAUGCAGCUCUUCAUCAUCGGUGUGUUCAUCAUCAACCCAAACUACUGCCACGGACCAUUAUCCUGGGACAACCUGCGGAUCCCAGGAGUGUUGCAGCGUCUGGCCUGGUCAUACCUGGUUGUAGCCACCCUGGAUCUACUGGUGGCGAAAGGUCACCUGGAUGUUCUUACGAUGGAUGCUUGGUGGUCCCCUGCACUAGAAAUCUUGCUCUACUGGCCGGCUUGGUUGUGUAUGCUUGUGUUAGAAAUCAUCUGGCUAUGCCUCACUUUCCUCCUCCCUGUUCCAAACUGCCCAACAGGCUACCUAGGACCGGGUGGGAUCGGGGACAUGGGCCUGUAUGCUAACUGUACCGGUGGAGCUGCUGCUUUUAUCGACCGGUGGCUGCUGGGAGAAAACCACAUCUACCAGACUCCUUCAUCACGGGUGAUCUAUGCAACGCGCAUGCCAUAUGACCCAGAAGGUGUUCUUGGCAGCAUCAACUCCAUCCUCAUGGCCUUUCUUGGCUUACAGGCAGGAAAAAUAAUCUUACACUACAGAGAUCUACAUACAAGUAUUAUGUCAAGGUUCCUCAUAUGGGGUCUCUUCUUGGGAUUUCUGUCAGCAGUUAUGACCAAGUGUUCCGCAGACCAAGGUUUCAUUCCUGUCAACAAGAACCUGUGGUCUCUCUCUUAUGUGACAACACUGGCCUGCUUUGCCUUUGUGCUGCUGGUGGCGAUUUACUACACAGUGGAUGUGAAGAAGUGGUGGUCGGGAGCACCUUUCUACUACCCUGGUAUGAACUCUAUCCUCGUCUACGUGGGCCAUGAAGUGUUUGAGGAGUACUUCCCCUUUCGCUGGCACAUGACCAACAGCCAGUCCCACGUUGAGCACCUCACCCAGAACCUGGUGGCUACUUCCUUGUGGGUCCUCAUCUCCUAUGUGCUCUACAAAAAGAAGAUUUUCUGGAAAAUUUAGUCAUCGAUUGAAAAUUAUAUCACAGCUCGUUGUUUACGUCAGCAUUGCUGGAGUUACAGACUAAAAACAUUUAGAAAGCAGAAGACAGAUUUGUCACCUGGACUGUGAUGGUUCUGCUCUUUUGAAUGUUUUUUUUGUUUUGUAUUUUAUUUUGUCUUUUUUUACAUAUAUUCAGAUAUAAAGCAGCUGAUCUCUGCCAAAUAUUUUAAGUAACCGAGGAAAAAAUUGUUUAAUAUAAGUAUGACAUUGGUAUUGCUUUUUUUGUUAUUGUGUUGGAGAUGUUAAUUUCAGGUUGUUGGUGGGUAAUUAAGCCCUUGUUGACUUUCUUUUGGUAUAAUCCCUGUUGCCACCUAAAACCUGAUACUAGAAACAGUUUUGUUUUUUAUAAAGUUGUAAACUUUAAGAAUUACAAAAGGCCUCAAAUACUCACUUAAGGGAAAAAAGCUGUCAAGAAAACAUCAUGUUUCAUUAUUUCUGCUGCUCUUUAAGUGAUAAUACUCCAACAAGAGGAAACGGUGUUUAGUGUUUUUAAAAAGUGACAGUUAAGCACUUGCAAAUUUUGUUCCUGUUUUGUGUGUAAAUACACGUAUCAUUAAUCACUGUCAGUUACUAGGCCAGCUCUGGAGCACGUGUUUUCCAUUUGCAGUUCUCUGCUCCUCGCUGACCGUCCCGUCUCUCAGCGAACAGAUGGACUUGAUGCUGUGUAGCAUCAGUGGUCUGGGGAAAGUGAAGGAGGGCUUGUGGUGCCUUGUUUUUGUAGUUUGGUUAAUACAGAAGGAUGCAUGUGCUUGUUUUUUAUCACAUUUUCAGAAACUCACUUUAAAAGGAUUGCACUUUGAAUGGUGUCUUCUUACAUUUGCACCGUAUAAGCUGUGUUUUGCUCAUGCACAAUUCCAAGUUAUACAAAUCAGCAUACAGCUUACAAUUAGCCCCAAGUUAUUUUCUACAUGUAUUACCAGAUUUUGCAAAUCUCAUAAGAUACUAUUUUUUAUUUAAUGCUGACUUAAUUAAAUGAAUGUAUUCUGUCCAAAAAAUGUUAUUUUUUUUUAAUGUAAACUAACUUAAGAUGUGUUUAUUGAAUAAAACCCAAUUUUAUGGGU